AUGGCGUUUGAGAAAAUCAGCACAACGAUUGAAAAAUCAUUAAAAAGAAAUCAAAUUCGUGAUGUCGUCAAGAUUUCUCUUCCUGCCAAUGAACUUAAUAAAGUUGGUGUGCGCGACGCAAUAAACGCAAAAUACGAUGCUGAAAUUAUUGGUAAUAAUCUAUUUAUUAAAUUUGACGGUGGAGAAUCAUCGUCGAAUAGCAAAUUCGUACAAAGUGCAAAGACCAGAUUGGUUCAUAGAAAUUAA